GCCAGUAGAGCGACGCUCGCGCAUCCUACGGGUUCAUUCUAUAAUUAUAUGAUUUUAUUUAUAUUUAAAUUACGAGUUCGCGUUUCGUAAUUAUUGUUGGUGUGUGUUGUGAAGUGUAGUGAUAUUUUUCGAAGAUAUAAAUUUUUUGAGAUUGUAACAAAAGAUGGAGCCCCUACAAGUAGAUGUUGUCCACUUCUACCCCAGAGAGAAUGCUCAGCCUCAUAACACUGUCAAAUUCGAGGUGGUAAAUGACGAGAACCCGACCACCACCAUAGUGCGACGUGGUCAGCCAUUCAGUGGAGUCGUCAGGUUCAACAGACCUUACGAUGAGGCCAACGAUAUUGUGCAGCUCGUGUUCUCUAUUGGAGAUAAACCAUCUAUGGAGACCAUGGGCAAGAUGUUCAUACGCCGCGACGCCGUGACAGACAAACACACAUGGAGUGCCAGCCUGUUAGACGUGCAGGAAGAGAACACACUGUCAUUCAAGGUGUCCUCACCAGUGACAGCGCCAGUCGGAGCCUGGGCUCUGCGAGUCCUCACGUGGAGGAGAGGGUCCCCGGAGCGCGCGUACUACGACUUCGAUCAGGACAUUUACAUCCUCUUCAAUCCAUGGAACCCUGAUGACCAAACCUACAUGGAAGACGAGGCUCUCCUCCAAGAGUACGUGCUGAAUGACGUGGGCAAAGUAUGGGUGGGGCCCAUCAAGACGACCAGAGGCAAACCCUGGUUAUACGGCCAGUUCGACGCCGUCGUACUCCCGGCUUGCAUGUUCAUGCUGGAUAGAGCUGAAGUGCCUUUUAACCAUCGUGGCGAUCCCGUGAAAAUGACCCGAGCAAUCUCCCGCAUAGUCAACUCCAAUGACGACGGUGGUGUGCUGGUGGGCCGCUGGGACGGAGUAUAUGAUGAUGGGACUGCCCCAUCAGAGUGGACUGGGUCUGUGGACAUCCUGGCGCAGUUCUUGGAGACUCAGGAGCCGGUUUCUUACGGACAGUGCUGGGUUUUCGCUGGUGUUGUUACUGCUGUUUGCCGUGCCCUCGGCAUCCCAUCUCGCGUGGUAUCCAACCUGGUAUCGGCCCACGAUGCCAACAGCACCCUGACAGUUGACAAGUAUUACUCGGAGACCAUGGAGGAACUAGGCUAUGACCCCAGCAACGCUGAGCCGGAACACACUGAUUCUAUCUGGAAUUACCACGUUUGGAAUGACGUCUGGAUGGCGAGGCCUGAUCUGACUGCUGGCUACGGAGGCUGGCAAGCCAUCGACGCUACUCCUCAAGAGACGUCAAAGGGAGUGUACCAGUGUGGUCCAGCGCCAAUAGAAGCUAUCAAACAGGGAGUCAUCGGAAUGAACUAUGAUGUGGAGUUCAUGCUGGCGUCAGUUAAUGCUGAUCUCAUGAGGUGGAGGAUCGAUAGCAGCGAGGAGACUGGAUAUGCUAUGGUGGACAGUAAUACUUACCAUAUCGGCCGUAUGGUCCUCACAAAGAAGCCAUACGUGUUCGAUCCCAACGGCGAUGAGGAUCGGGAAGACAUCACGGAACAGUACAAGUUCAGGGAGGGAACUGCUUCUGAGCGACUCGCUCUUAUGAAUGGAGUCAGGUUCUCGGAGAGGGCUAAGAGAUACUACUCAGUGGCCAGCAACUUGAAGAACGACGUGACAUUCAAGCUCCGCGAUGUGGACACAGUACCCAUUGGCAAAGACUUCAGGGUCACUGUUGAUAUUGAGAAUACAGCCAAUGAGGGUCGUAACAUCAAGGCUUCUCUAUCAACUAACAGCGUGUUCUACAAUGGUGUGAGAGCUGGCGUCGUCAGGAAAGUCGAAGGAAAAAUAUUUGUGGGACCUGGCAAAAAGGAACAAAUCAGCGUUCUAGUCAAAUCAGACGAUUAUCUACCCAAGUUAGUGGAGUACUGCAACAUGAAGAUCUCUGCGAUGGCCAUCGUGGACGAGACGAAGCAGUCCUGGGCUGAUGACGACGACUUCCAAGUUAUCAAGCCUAAUAUUAACAUUAAGUUCAACGACGACCUAAUCCUGAACCAGCCGACGACAGCGUUCCUCUCGUUCACGAACCCCCUGGAGAAAGCACUGACCGGCUGCGAGUUCCGCGUGACGUCAUCAGGCAUUACGGGCCGUACGCUGCGUUUCCCCGUGAACGACGGGGCGCCGCUCGAGCCUAUCACUGCUGAGUUGCCUGUGCAGCCUAAUAAAAUUGGUAAGAUCAACUUCGUGGCGACAUUUAAAUCUAACGAACUGAAGGACAUCAGUGGAGCAGCGACAGCUGAAGUGUUCGAAGCAUAAACAACCUUAUAUUGUAGGUGAUAAGGCAUCAUUUACUAUGAAAUAGUCUCUCUGUUGUACUAUUGAUAAGUUUUACGAGUACGUAUUAGUCAAGUAUAUGUAUAAGAAUCGGCUUUGUAAUUCAAGCUUCAACAAUACGUAAAUAUUUAAAAAUAAGUGCAUUUGUUUUUUUUUGUUCGAGUCAUAGAUUUUGAAAAUUAUUUUUUGUUGAUCUGAAUUUUUUGUUUCAUUUUAUUUUGUGAGUCUUUUGUGCCAAUUAAUUAGUCGGUAAAUAUUAUGUUUUUAAUACUGUUAAUUGAAAUAUUUCUACAAGGCAGCCUUAUGAAACGGCGUAUUAGUUUUAAGCUUGUAGUUUUUAAGAAAAAUAAUAUUCUCAAAUUAAGUGUUAAGAAUGUGCCAUAUUGUGGCUUAGUUUUUAUAAAAUCUCAUUGUUUUUCACCCCAAAGUUUUAUUUUCAAAAUAAAAGCUGUUAAUGUAAGGGGUUAAUUUUUAUACAGUGAUUAUUU